UCAUGAUAAAAAACUAUUACCAUUAUUUGAGUUUAACAAAAUUGAUCUCAAAGAGCACAAAAACAUUCUGGAAUCGGAAUCCGGUUCAGAAAUGUCUCGUAUAAUCGAUCUUUCCACAGGCGAGUCCUUGGAAUCAAUUUCAAAUACGGAACAACAGGAGCGGCAAAAAUUAAAACGCUCAUUAGAAUUUGUUGAAAAUGACUAUAAAAAUUCAUCUUCUGUUGAGUGUUUAAACUUAGAAGAAGGUAACUUCCUUGCCGCUAUGGGAGAAACUACCGUUGGCAAUCUUUAUAAAAGAGUCCGCACUUCGGAAAAACCAACGGUAAAUUACAUUGAAGACGUUGAAGAAGAUACUGAAUUAAUAGAUCAUACCCUUGGUGCCAUUCAAGAAUUUAAAAACGAUGUCAUCAUUCAUCACCCAAUUUCUGAUGGUUCUAGUGCUUCAACAGUUACUAUUGAUCCAACCAAGUCCUUGCCAAUGGUAGUAAGAGAGAAAAGUCCAAGAAAAAUCGAAUUUACUGUGCAAUAUCAAGAAGCUUUCAAUAGGUAUAUGCGGUCACAGUUUGAUAGUGUAAAAAAUGAUGAAUAUAGUGUUCGUGGAAAAGAAAUGGUUUUGUAUCGUCGAAACAAUGGUGAAUGUAUCAUUAAAGAUGGUAACUCUGACGAUUAUACAGCAGAUUCUGAAGGAAAGAUUUUUGAAAUUGAGGAGGAAAUUGAAGAGAAUGACAUUCAAAUGUUAGAUAUAGACGAAACUAAUGCCAGCGGUACAGGAGUCGGACCUUUGUUUAAUGAGAGUAGCCAAAGUUUUAAUGAAGACGAUAAAAUGGACAUUGAUGAAUAA